AUGGCUUCGCUUCUGAUCGAACAACUUUCGACCAAAUCGGCAGUGGAUGAUGCGAUUCGCAGCACCGAGGACCGUGUAUUGGUGCUGCGAUUUGGUCGAGCCUCGGACUCUGUUUGUCUUCUUCAUGAUGAUAUCAUGGCCAGGUGCGAGCGCGAGCUGUUCAAGAUGGCGCGAGUAUGUAUUGUGGAGGCGGAGAAAAUGCCUAUUUACUGCCAGUAUUUUGACAUUACAAUCAUACCCGCCACUAUUUUCUUUUUUAACGGGCAACACAUGAAAGUUGACUACGGUACACCAGACCAUACCAAAUUUAUUGGUUCAUUCCAAACUAAGCAAGAUUUUAUUGACCUUGUUGAGGUUAUCUAUCGGGGUGCAAAACACGGCAAGUCUAUUGUGAGUUGUCCAAUUGAAAGGUCGCAUAUCCCGCAUUAUCAUCUCAUUUACAAGGAUAUUUAG